AUGGGUACACGUCACUGGUUGCAUGUGCACGGCCAUGGAACGGGUAGGCUGCUACUAGCCGCCCUAGCAGUCGUGGCUACAUUCGCGGCCGUUGCCAACGGAGCCGCGGUUAUGUCGGUGGAUUUGGGUAGCGAAUGGAUGAAGGUCGGUGUCGUUUCGCCGGGUGUACCCAUGGAGAUUGCCCUCAACAAGGAAUCGAAGCGGAAAACACCGUCCACCAUUGCGUUCCGCAACGGGGAACGCGUGUUUGGCGAGGAUGCGCAAACGCUGGGUGUGCGUUUUCCGGCCAAUAGCUACGGCUACUUGAUCGAUCUGUUGGGAAAAACGAUCGACAACCCGAUGGUAGAUCUGUACCGGAAACGAUUCCCUUACUACGACAUCGUGGAAGAUCCUGUGCGCCGAACGGUGGUAUUCCGUACCGGCGAAGAGCAGUUCACUAUCGAGGAACUGAUCGCGCAACUACUUCAUGUGGCCAAGGGUUACGCUGAGGAUUCGACCGGUCAAAUCAUCACCGAGUGUGUGCUGAUUGUGCCCGGAUUCUUCGGCCAGGCGGAACGAACGGCAUUGGUUUCGGCUGCUCGUCUUGCAAACCUGAAGGUGCUGCAACUGAUCAACGACUACACGGCCGUGGCGCUAAACUAUGGCAUUUUCAGACGGAAGGAAAUCAACGAGACGGCACAAUACUUCCUGUUCUACGACAUGGGAGCCUACAAGACGUCGGCGGCCGUUGUCAGCUAUCAGCUGGUGAAGGAUAAGGCCACCCGGGAAACGCACCCGGUAGUGCAGGUGUUGGGCGUAGGAUAUGAUCGCACACUCGGAGGGCUAGAGAUGCAGGUGCGACUGCGCGAUUACCUCGGCAAGGAGUUUAACAAGAUGGGCAAGACGAAAACGGAUGUGUUUAGCAACCCGCGCGCUAUGGCGAAGCUGUUCAAAGAAGCCGGCCGGCUGAAGAACGUGCUCAGUGCCAACACGGAACACUACGCGCAGAUCGAGGGCUUGCUGGAUGAGCAGGACUUCCGGCUGCUGGUGUCGCGUGAACAGUUCGAGGGGCUCUGCAAGGAUUUGUAUGACCGUGUAACGGCCCCACUGGACAAGGCGCUAGCGGCGUCGGGCCUGGCACUGGACGUUGUCAACCAGGUGGUGCUGUUCGGAGGAAACACGCGCGUGCCGAAGGUGCAGGACAUUCUGCGCACUCACAUCGGCCAGGAGCUGGCGAAGAACUUGAACGCGGAUGAGGCGGCCUGCAUGGGUGCUGUGUACCGAGCGGCCGAUCUGGCCACCGGCUUCAAGGUGAAGAAGUUCAUCACGAAGGAUGCCGUCCUGUUCCCGAUCCAGGUCGUGUUCGACCGAGAAGGCGAUAGCGGAGCGAUGCGACAGGUGCGCAGGAUGCUGUUCGGUGCGAUGAACUCGUACCCACAGAAGAAGGUCAUCACGUUCAACAAGCACACGGAUGACUUCGAAUUCGGGGUGCAGUACGCCGAGCUGGAGUCUGUUCUCGGUAGCGAGAGUGGCACACUCGGAGGCUCGGUUGAAUUGGCGCGCGUGCAGCUGAGCGAGGUGGCCAAGAAGCUGAAGGCCAGCGUGGCAGAAAACGUGGAAUCGAAGGGCAUCAAGGCGCACUUCAUGUUGGACGACUCCGGUAUCUUCUCGUUGGCCAACGUGGAACUGGUUCUGGAGAAGACGGUCACGAAGGAGGACGAAGAUGAUGAGAGCACCUUCCAGAAGAUUGGUAACACGAUCAGCAAGCUUUUCUCGGGCGAUUCCACCGAUAAACCGUCGGAAACCGUGUCGGAGGGUGCGGAAAAGGACGAAGACGAGUCGACGGCGAAGGAUUCGACUGAUGCGGAAGGACAAGCUAAAGACGAAUCGUCAAAGGAAGGUGACGCCACCAAGAAGGAGCAGCCCUCAGAAAGCAAAGAAAAUGCUACUGCCGAUGGCGCAGAUGCGAGUAAAAAGACGGAAGAAAGUGCCGAAGCGAAAAAUGUCACCGUGAAGCCAAAAAUUGUAACGCUCAAAGAGACGAUCCCAUCGAAGGUGGAACUGACGUACGUGGUACCGCUGCAGGGCGAGCUGUUCGAGGCGUCCGCCAAGCGCCUGAGCGCGCUCGAGGAAGUGGACAAGGCGAAGAAACGUCGCGAAACGGCUCUAAACGCCCUGGAGAGCUUCGUGAUCGAUGCGCAGGUCAAACUGGACGAGCAAGAGUACGCGUCCUGUGGAACGCCGGAAGAGAUCGCAUCGAUACGCGCGCGCUGCAGCGAAAUCUCCGAAUGGCUGUACGAGGAUGGCUCGGAUGCCGACGCCGAGACGUACGAGACCAAGCUGGAGGAGCUACGUGCGGUGGCCAAUGAGGUGUACGCUCGUCACUGGGAGCACCAGGAGCGUCCGGAAGCGCUCACCGCCCUGAAACAGAUGAUCAACGGAUCCGAGGCGUUCCUGCACAACGCUCGCAAUCUAACGAAGGACGUCAACCCGGAGAAGGACGUGUUCACGCCGGUCGAGAUUGAAACGCUUGAGAAGGCGAUUCGCAGCACGAUCGAGUGGCGCGACACGGAGGUGGCCGAGCAGAAAAAGCUCGCUCGCAACGCACCGGUCCGGUUGACGGUGAAGGACAUCACCGAUCACAUGGCGACGCUUGACCGUGAGGUGAAGUACCUGGUCAACAAGUUGAAGCUGUGGCGACCGAAGGUGAAACCGACACCGCCACCAAAGCCGGAGAAGACGAACGAGAAAGAGGGCGAAAAAGAGAGUUCGUCUAAGGAGGAGCAGAAGGAGGAUGAAAAGCCGGAAGAGACGCUAGAACAGACGCCCGACAAGGACUCGGAGGACGCUAAGGUGGAGGAGAUCGAUCCAACUGCGACGGAGAAGGAUGGCGACCACACGGAACUGUAGGCAGCUCCACGCGAUAGCAGAAGCAGAAAUCCUAGGUGUAGCACAAUUGGGACACAAACGGUCUGAUUCGCCGAUAGAAUGACAUCAUCCCCAAAACACAUUCACAUUCUUCGAUUCACCGUCCAUACUCCAUUUCAUCUAGUAAAGUACCGGUAAAGCCAAUCGAACCCGACAGACAGGAGAAGAUGGGCUUGCUCUUCGCUGGCACCUGACCAGUGAGAUUUGCCGAAGCAGAGUAGUAGCCCUGGCAGGUAAUUUGUUCCGUAUUUAUUUCAUCCCCUGGCAGAAUGGAUUUGCUCAAGAACGAGUUCACCUGUGAGCGUUUCCUUUCCUUGCUUCCUUUCCGAUCUUUCGAUCAUUCCGUGCGAUCGCCAAUGAGCAGGAGUUUUUAGGAGCGACUUCUUACCAGCAGCUGGUGAGAUCUCUGAUAGACGCUACACAAUAGCGAAAAGCAAAGCGAGAGCCCCCUGGAGGUGGAUUUAAAUUAAACGGCUAAGAUAGGCGAGUGUGGAAAGGCAGCAGUACGAGGAACUGAGCACACGAACUGAACCAAAUGUCGCUUUUAUGAGCCCUGCGCUGCUUUCUUGUUCUUUGGAGGCUUCAUUACUGAGCGCAGCAUGUUCCCCACGGUGUGCGACAGGAGAUCUUUUGUAUAUUUGACCGCAAACAAACCACUAGAAGGUUGCGUAGGUGCAGGAGUGUUGUGGUGGGGAGCAGCAAGAAAAGACACGAAACAAUGGACCUAGCUAUAAGCGACGCUGCAGUUGGAAGAGUUGAAACAAUCGUAGCGCAAAUUGGUGAUACAGUAUAGAAAGCUAAGAAAAAUGUUGUGGUGGUUCGCUUUGGUUGCUUUACUGUUCGAAAGAAACUGGUGCAUCGUUGAGGCCAAAAUCACGCGAGUUGACGGACGGACGGACGGGCGGGCGGGCUUAGGCGCAGGACGAGCAGAUCAUUUACGUUAUCAACGUCCAAGCCACAAACACCCCAAGACGACUAGGUGACGGUUGGCAUAAGACUCGGAACUGAUUUCAC